AUGAAAACUACAAAUGUAAAAAAUAAUAAUAAUAAUAUUAAUAAUACAGAUGAAGAAAUUAAAAUAAAAAAUAAUUAUAAUCAAAAUGAUGAAAGAUUAAAAAAAAUUAAAGAAAAUAAAUUUGAUUGGGCAUUAUUUAAGAGAUUUAUAAAUAUUAUAAAAAUUUUAUAUGCUAAACCUGUGAUUCCAUUAACUUUAUUUUUAAUAUUAUUUGGUAAUGGAUUUGCACAAACUUAUGUUUCAAAGUUCACAGGUAUUUUAUUAGCAGAUAUUUAUGCAUCAUUUACAAGUGGUGAUAAAGUUUUUUUCUUAUCAUCAGUUUUAAAAGCAGGUUUUGCAAUUGGUGGUAGUGCAUUGUUGGCUGCAAUCAUUAAUUUCAUCGUUAGUAUAAUGGCAUGGAAUUGGAGGAAAACUUUAUGUUUAUACAUUCAAAAUGUUUAUUUCAAAAAAUCAUUAUUCUACAAGAUAUUAGCAUUUGAUGAUAGAAUUGAUAAUCCAGAUCAACGUAUAACAUCUGAUAUUGAUAAUUUCACAACACUAUUAGCGUCAAUUGUAUCUCAAUGUAUCACUGGUCCAAUGGUAGUGGUUUAUUAUACAUAUUUAUGUUAUACUACAAUCGAUUGGUAUGCUCCAUUGAUUGUUUAUGGUUUCUUCUUUUUAGGUUAUCUCAUUAAUAAAUUAGUAAUGUCACCAAUGGUAUCAAUUAAUUAUCUUCAAGAUAAAUUAGAAGGUGAUUUUAGGUCACUUCAUCAAAGAAUUAGAAAUUUCUCUGAAUCAAUUGCACUCUAUAGUUUAUCAAAAGAAAAGCAACAUCCUGAAAAGAGAUUUGACAAUAAUGAUUAUGAUCAUGGAUAUGAAUCUGAUGAUUCUGAUCAAUCUUGUGAUGAAUCAACAACAAUUAUAAAUAGAAAAAAGAAUAAAGGUUCUCAAUAUUAUAAAAAUAAAAAUUCAACAUCAAAGAAAAUUAAUGACUUUAUUGAUAAAUUAUCAGGUGAUUCAAAUGAUCAAAAAGAAGAAUUAUUAGUUGAAGAAGAACAAGCUAAAAUUCAAUUUGAAGCUUUAUUAAAAAAUAAAAAAAGAGUAAUUUUUUGGCAACUUGGUUUAAAUACAACAUCUGAUUUAUUUACAUACUUAAGUCCAAUAGCAAAUUAUUUUAUUAUUGCAAUACCAGUAUUCUUUUUAAAUAAUAAAUCUGUAUUACAACCUGGUGAUGUUACAGUUCAAUCAUAUAAUUGUAUUAUGUUGGCCAGUGGAUUUAGUCAAUAUAUUAAUGUUUCUCAAAGUAUUUCAGAUUUAUCUGGUUAUAUUUCACGUAUUUCAUCAAUGAUUGAAGUAUGUAAAAAAAUUAUGGAAGAUGUUUCUUUAGAUGCUGAUAUCACCAAAUUAAAUGAAAAGGUAGCACAAACACACAAUAAUGAUGCCAUUAUCAAUACUGGCUCAUCUGGUAAUAUAUCUUUAAAUAAUGGUGAUAGUAUUACAUUAGAUGAUGUUACUUAUUUUACACCAAAAGGAAAUCAAUUAUAUUCUAAAAUUUCAAUUAAUGUUAAAAGAGGAAAUAAUUUAUUAAUAAUGGGACCAAGUGGUUCAGGUAAAUCAUCAUUAAUUAGAAUUAUUAAUGGAUUAUGGCCAUUUUUUAAAGGUAGUAUUGAUAGACCAGAGAAUGGUGAUAUGUUUUUCUUACCACAACAACCAUAUUUAAUAUUUGGUACUUUAGAAGAACAAAUUCUAUAUCCAUUUAGUAAAAAACAAAAAAGAAUUCCAAAAUCAAUAAUGAGAGAAUUAUUCCAAAGAUUUGAAAUUGAUUAUUUAUUAGAUCGUGAAAGAUUCAUUAAAAAGAGUGCUCAAGUUAAUGAUCUCACUCAUAAUUGGUUAAAUCAAUUAUCACCAGGUGAACAACAAUUAAUUGCAAUUAUUAGAUUAAUCUAUCAUAAACCUAAAUUCGCUUUAAUGGAUGAAUCUACAAGUUCAAUUCCUCAAUCACUUGAAGAACGUGUUUACUAUGUUGCAAAAGAAUUAGGAAUAACAAUCAUUAGUGUUGGUCAUCGUAUUUCACUUUUAAAAUAUCAUUCAACUUUAUUAAGAUUUGAUAAAGAUAAAAAUUGGUACCUUGAAGAUAUAAUUAAUCAAAACAAUCAAUCAAAUAAUAUUAAUAAUAAUAAUAAUAAUAAUACAAAUAAAAUAGCUGAGGAUUCUGUUUUUGAUUGA